AUGGCGGGGCUGCCCGCCGCCGCGCGCGCCCGGAGCGCCUCCCCGGGCUCCCCCCCGGCCCUGGACGGCUCCUUCUUGCUCUCGCCGCUCGGGGGGCUGAUGGGCGCCCAGGCUGUGCUCGGUUUACUGGUGUGGUCUCUCAUCGCAGCCACAACGUACCACCUCCACGCGGCAUACGGCUGGGUGAUGUUUGUGUCCCUCUUCUUCUGGAUACUAACACUCCUUUUCUUGGUGACUUACCUCCUGCAGCUUCAUCAGAAGUUCUACAUGGUCCCCUGGCCCCUCGUGCUGAUGAUCUCCAACGCUGUGGCCACCGUGCUGUACCUCACGGCCUUCGUGACGUGCGCGGCCGCCGUGCAGCCCACGUCCUGGCGGCAGUGGGACUACAACCGCAGAGCUGCUGCCUCCUUCUUCGCCUGUGUCACGAUGAUCACCUAUGGGGUGAGCACCUUCUUCAGCUUCCGCGCCUGGAAAGGGCUCGGCAGCAACGCGGCCACCAGCCAAGUGACUGACCACGUCUACAGUAGACAGGACAAAGAACAAGGAGCUCAAACUGCAGCUCAGGCACUUUAUAUCAGAGUGCAAAAGGCUCCCUGCAGCAGCAGCAAGCAGCUGGGCACUGCAGAGAACUGCUCAGACAAACCACACCAGCUUCUAAAGAAGAUCCUGCAGACAUAUAAAGAGAAGUUUGGGUAG